ACACAUUAUAAAAAAUUAUUUUGUGAGGAUCAUAUAGAUACAUUUGAUGCUUAUCUAGAAUUUGGUGAUGAUUCUUCCGAACCAAUAAUUAUUAAAGAUAUGAUUGACUUUACUGCUGCCACCUGGAAAAAAGUAACACCCAAGACUAUUCAACUUGACCAAAUUAAUGAACAUGAUAUUACUAGCAAAAUUCAGGAUUUGAUUAUGCGUUUGCCUCUUGAACAACCUAUGAGUGUGAAUAAAUAUUUAAUUGCCGAUAAUGAUCUUAUCACCACUAAAAUGCCAAAUGACAAAGAGAUAAUUGAAGCUAUGAAUCAGCAACCGGAUGGCAAUUUUAACGUUGAUGUUUCUCUUAUUCAAAACUUAGAAAAGAUAAAAAAAGAUGUGAGAUUGAAGCAUAUUACUUCACAACAUCAAGCCACUUUAAAUUCAUUAAUUUCGAGGCUUAAUUCUCAACUUAAUACUUGUACAAGGAUAUUUGUUGAUCGUUAUAAAGAGAUGUCAAAAAGUUAUACCGAAGCUGAUUCUUCGAAAUUACUUGUUAAGCGUCUUAGCGAAAAAGCAAAAUUACCCGAACGUGCUUCACCACAGGCUGCUGGCUAUGAUUUGUUCAGUGCUGUGGAGAUGGUUGUUCCAGCUAAAGGAAAAGCUUUGGUUCCUACCGACAUAUCAAUCGCACUUCCCGAAGGAACUUAUGGACGUGUCGCGCCGAGAAGCGGUUUAGGUGAUAUUUUUUACAAAAAUCCUCUCCGCAUUACGUAG